AUGUCUAAAUCUAAGUCAAUACGGGCAAUUGUUGGCAAAAGUGAUGUUCCAGGCGCUACUGACUCGAUUCAUAUUCAUUUUCCCUUAAAUGAAUAUGAAUAUCAAUUAAUUCCAACACAAGAAACGUCGAUUAAUAAUUAUGAAAUCGGUAAAGAUCAAUUAAACGGACAACAUCAUUUUCAAAACAAAAAAGAUAUUCAACGAAAGAACAGUGGCACAUUAUUAAAUAGACAAGUAUCAAGUUACGCUAAAGUUGAUCUAUUCCAGGCUGCUAAAGAUGGAAAUAUUGAACAGAUAAGAUUGUUACGGAGAGAUAACUAUAAUAAUCGUAAAGUAUUUUUUAAUGAUCAUGAUGAAGCAAAAUUAACGGCUUUACACUAUGCUGCCAGAUUUUAUCAUUAUGAAGUAUGCAAAUAUUUACUCGACCAUUGUGAAGUAGAUGUCAAUAGAACUGGAGAAGACGGCACAACACCCUUACAUUGGGCCGUUCGAUUUAAACUGGAGAAAGAUAAUCAGAAUGAUUCAUAUGGUGAAUUAAUUAAAUAUUUAAUUAAAAAACAUGCUGAUGUCAAUGCACGAGAUGAUUAUUUUUCGACACCGUUACACUAUGCUUGUGAAAGAAAUAAUUAUCGUUGGGCUGAGUUAUUACUCAAAGAGGGUGCUGAUAUUGAAGUAAAAUAUUCUAAAACUGAAUUAAAUACUAACCAUUCAAAGAUGACUCCAUUGCAUAGCGCAUGUUUCUACGGUCAUGUAGAAACGGCAAGACUACUGUUGGAAUAUGGUGCUAAUCCAGUAUGUAAAGAUAAUGCAGACACAAUACCUUUGGCAUAUGCGUGUCGCGGAGGUUAUGUUAAAUUGAUGACAAUGUAUUUUAAUGAAUUUCCUCAAAACGAAAAAUUAGAAGAAGUCCUUGCUACUAAAAAUGGUGAAGAGAAUACGAUAUUACAUUUGGCUGUUACAUCGGCAAACUUUCAACUCGUCGAUCUGUUACUAGCAAAAGGCUGCGAUCAUUCAGCAAAACGGGGCGAUGGACAGUCAUCCGUGCAUAUUGCAGCUCGAACGGGUAGUGUUGAAAUAUUGAGAAGAUUAGUCGAAUCUGGAGCAGAUUUAUACGAUGUUGAUCAUGAGUUAGAUAAUGUUUUACAUAAAGCAGCAGCUCAUAAUAAAGAACAUGUACUGGAAUACGUUUUAUCUCUUCCGAAAGAUAAUUUUUCCGCUUUUGUCAAUCAAACAAAUCGUACUGGUCUCACACCAUUAUUAUUAGCCUCAUUAUGUGGUCAUGCAUUCUGUGUUAAACUUUUGUUACAAUACGGUGCUGAUAUGUUUACACAUCGUGAUAAACGUGAACGAAGUGCACUAUGGUUAGCAUCGAUGGAAAAUCAUUUAGAAGUUGUUCAGGAACUAUUAAAUUUCGCUCGAUCUCAAACAAUAUCAACAAAAGAUUAUUUAAAAUUAUCGCUCAAUGAAGUUGAUCGAUAUAAUAAAACUCCGAUGCAUAUUGCUGCUGAAUCAGGAAAUGUUAAAAUUGUUCAAGUAUUAUUAGAAAAUGGUGGUAAAUUAACAACGAAAACAGAUGAAGAAUAUACUCCAUUGAUGUUAUGCGCUAAAAAAUGUCGAGUUGAUGUUCUCAAAUUAAUUAUUAAAUAUGUGAAUGAGAAUUUUACAACACCCAGAGAUAAAUUAAAUAUUAUUGAAGAACGAGAUGAUACAUCAAAUACAGAAGGACAUUCGGAAAUAAUUAAAUUAUUACUUGAACAAAAUGUUGAUAUUCAAGCGAGAAACAUGAUAUCAUGGAUGCCAAUACAUUGUGCGAGCGAUCGGGGCCAUUAUAUAAGUGUCAAAGUUCUGUUAGAAAAUCGUAGUCCGAUUGAUCCUGUUGAUAAAAAUCUACAAACACCACUGCAUUUAGCAGCAAAAAAUGGUCAUUCUAGCAUAAUUAAACUAUUAUUAAAACACGGUGCUCAAAUUGAUAAACGAUCGUCGGAUGGUGAUAAUUGUCUCGAUUUAGCUAUUUUCAACAAUCAAUAUUUAGCAGCUGAAACACUUGUUGGUCAUAAAGAUUGGCGUCUAAUAAUGAGAAAUGCGAAAUAUGAUUCAAAAUUACAGCGAAAAGAUACUCCGUUAAGAAAGUUAAUCCGAAAAAUGCCUGAUAUUGCAUUGAUUGUGUUAAAUAAUUGUUGUCAAGUGACUGUUAUCGAUAAACAACAAAUGAAAGGGGGAAAAAAAAAAGGUCUAGAUUCAGUAACAUCGUAUGGCGAAGAAGAUACAACCCAACAAGCUAAAGAGUAUACGUUUGAAUAUACGUACGAAUUUUUGGAUGAUCAAUAUAACCAAUGGGAUAAAGAAAAAGAGGACAGAGAAGAAAUUUAUGAACCUGAUGGACGAUUAUAUCCAUUUGUUUUUGAUCCACAAAUUGAUCGCAAAAAAUUAGAACAAAAUCACCCAAUUAUGCUAAUGGUUGAAAAAGAUCGUGAACGUUUACUUGAUCAUCCAAUUGUUCAUUCUUUACUUGAUUAUAAAUGGAAAAUGUAUGCCAGAUAUGUUUAUUAUUUAAAUUUUUUAUUCUAUUUAUCAUUUGUUGGUGCUCUUACAUCGUAUGUAUUUUUGGCUAUUGCACCGUAUCAUUUGGGUACGACUCAUGAUCAAAUGAAACAAUUAUCUUGUAAAAGUUUAUGUAUGUUUAUUAUGGAAAAUCGUACGACAGAAAUUAUUGAACUUCGUUCACGUAUUUUGGCAAUUCAUGUAUUUCAAUGGUUGGUUAUUAUAUUAGCUUCAUUACAGAUAAUUAAAGAAAUAUUUCAAAUGGUAUCAGAACGACUUGAUUAUAUUAAUUUUGAAAAUGCCAUAGAAUUAUGUGCAUUUAUCUUAGCUAUUGUGUUUACAAUUGAUUUUAAUUCAUGUUCGAGAAAAAUUGGUUAUAGAUGUGCAAUGGGUGUAUUCCUCUCAUGGUUUGCUCUUGUGUUAUUUAUACAGAAAUUUCCACGUUUUGGAAUAUUUGUCGUGAUGUUAACUGACAUAUUAAAAACAUUUUCAAGAUUCUUUCUAGUAUUCUUUUUGUUUAUUAUUGGCUUUGCAUUAGCAUUUCAUAUGUUAUUACAAAAUCAUAAUCCAUUCCGCUAUUUCGGUAAUUCUUUAAUAAAAACGUGUGUUAUGAUGAUUGGUGAAUUUGAAUAUGAAGGUAUGUUUCAUGGAGAGGAUCCAAGUUAUUUUGCGAUUACAUAUUUAUUCUUCGUUAUAUUCAUUAUUGUAAUGUCAAUUAUUAUUAUGAAUUUAUUGGUCGGUUUAGCCGUUGAUGAUAUAGCGAGUGUCAUGCGUUUAGCAUUACUCAAACGUUUAGCUAUGCGUGUAAAAUUAACAUUGGAUGUUGAACAACAAUUACCAAAAAAUUAUUUUUUCAAAUCCAUCUAUCGUUUUCGUAAAGUAGUUUAUCAUGAAUCAAAAAUACAAAAAUUUUUAUUAAAAUAUUUACGUAUCCAAACUACGACAAAUUAUGAAAAACAAUAUUUACGUUUAGAUAGUUAUGGUCUAAUUCACACAAAUAAAAUGGCAAAAAGUCAAGUGAAUGAAACAAUCGGAGGAAAAGGUGUAAAGAGUGAUACAGGAAUGACUAGUACAACAAGUGAUUGGGUUCAAACAUUUCAUAGUAAGAUCAACGCAAAAUAUAGUGAAUUUAAUCGAUAUAUAGACGAACUAAAAAUUCAACAAGAUAAAAUCAAUAAAAUUUUACAACAAUUUCAACAAUCGCCAAUGACAAGAUGA